CGUGAUUUCAAUCGAAUCAGCUCAGUGGACGUUAGAUUAGAACACCGCUGAAGCAGAAACCCUAAACUAAACCCUCUUCUUCUCAGUCUCUCCGUCGUCCAAUUUGGUGCAUGAGAGCUUGCGAGCUCCGCUCCUUCAUAGCUAACCAAAGAUGUCAGCUGGAAUGCUGGAAAUCGAAGCCCGCGACGUGAUCAAGAUCGUUCUUCAGUUCUGCAAAGAGAAUUCCCUGCACCAAACAUUUCAGAUGCUGCAGAGCGAGUGUCAGGUUUCGCUCAAUACCGUAGACAGCAUCGAGACAUUUGUUGCCGAUAUAAACAGUGGGAGAUGGGAUGCGAUAUUGCCUCAAGUGGUCCAGCUGAAGCUUCCAAGGAAUAUACUGGAGGAUUUGUAUGAGCAGAUUGUAUUGGAAAUGAUCGAACUUCGAGAGUUGGACACAGCUCGUGCAAUUUUGAGGCAAACACAGGCUAUGGGUGUCAUGAAGCAGGAGCAACCUGAAAGAUACUUGCGUCUUGAACAUCUCCUUGUUAGGACCUAUUUCGAUCCAAAUGAGGUUUAUCAAGAUUCAACAAAAGAAAAGCGCCGUGCACAGAUUGCACAAGCCCUUGCAGCUGAGGUUUCUGUAGUGCCUCCUUCUCGAUUAAUGGCACUAAUUGGCCAGGCCCUCAAAUGGCAGCAGCACCAAGGAUUACUUCCUCCAGGAACUCAGUUUGAUUUAUUUAGGGGAACGGCUGCAAUGAAGCAAGAUGUGGACGAUAUGUAUCCAACUACCCUUUCACACACAAUUAAGUUUGGUACAAAAAGUAAUGCAGAAUGUGCUAGAUUCUCACCAGAUGGACAGUUUCUGGUUUCUUGCUCUGUUGAUGGAUUUAUUGAGGUCUGGGACUAUUUAAGUGGGAAGCUCAAGAAGGAUCUGCAAUAUCAGGCUGAUGAAACUUUCAUGAUGCAUGAUGAUCCCGUCCUUUGUAUUAAUUUUAGCAGAGAUUCUGAGAUGCUUGCAUCAGGUGCACAAGAUGGGAAGAUCAAAGUUUGGCGUAUUAGAACUGGUCAAUGCUUGCGUCGACUCGAACGUGCACAUUCUCAGGGUGUCACCGGUCUUGUCUUUUCCCGUGAUGGGAGCCAGCUUCUUAGCACAUCAUUUGAUAGCACAGCAAGAAUCCACGGCCUCAAAUCCGGGAAGUUGCUGAAAGAAUUUCGAGGUCACUCAUCUUACGUGAAUGAUGCGAUCUUCACCAGUGAUGGAAGUCGUAUUAUUACAGCCUCCAGUGAUUGCACCGUGAAGGUCUGGGAUGCAAAGACAGCUGACUGUCUACAUACAUUUAAGCCACCUCCUCCAUUAAGGGGAGGCGAUGCUUCUGUUAAUUCUGUUCAUCUCUUUCCCAAGAAUACAGAUCACAUUAUUGUUUGUAACAAGACAUCUUCGAUAUAUAUAAUGACACUUCAAGGACAGGUUGUAAAGAGUUUCUCAUCUGGUAAAAGAGAGGGUGGAGAUUUUGUCGCUGCCUGUGUAUCCCCUAAAGGGGAAUGGAUAUACUGCAUCGGUGAAGAUAGGUACAUCUAUUGUUUCAGCUACCAAUCCGGUAAACUGGAGCAUCUUAUGAAGGUUCAUGAGAAGGAUGUAAUUGGGGUCACCCACCAUCCCCACCGGAAUCUCGUCGCAACUUACAGUGAAGACUGCACCAUGAAACUAUGGAAGCCGUAGGGGAAAGGGUGUCUGCUAAUUUAUCUAUUUUCUGCUCCUUUAGAUUCUUUUUCGACACUCGGUAAUUGUAGUUCUAGGCUUCUAGCUGUAUCUGUAAUUUUGCUCCAUUAAUGCCAAUGAUUCACCUGUGAGCAUCAUAGAAUUAUAACAGGCGGAUACGCAUGACAUGGGAAAUCUUCUGUCUCGUCUCUCUGCUCGACCCAAAUUUACUCUUUGUAUAGUUCAUAUUUCGAUUUCGAUUAUGUUACUUUAUCAUCAAGGCGCUGGGCCAAUCUAUUGUCAAUUUUCUUCUUGUUUC